AUGAUGUUUCUGGUUGGAUCAUUGAUGUAUUCAAUAUUUUAUUUUAACUAUGGACCACCUACAAGUGGCCAAUUGAUUCUAUUCAUUGUGUUUUUGAUGAUAAUGUUAUGGAUAUGUGAAGUCGGUAAAGAUUUGGAAGGUCUCAGUUACGAAAUUCCUCCUCCCAAAGAAGAAUCGAAUGUUCGGAACGAAGGGAAAUGGAUGAGACUGAAAUAUACACCGGUUCAUUCUGCUCAAUCAAUGGAAAAAGAGCAAAUGGCAUUGCUUGAUUUACGUCGAGAGGAAGUUGUCCCAGUUAAUAGAGAGUACUUUCGACUAGAGGCAGAGAGGAAAAAUAGAAAGCUUCGAAGUUAUGUUCCAAUAUGUCUCUUCUUACUCAUCUGUCAAUGCUCUUUUGUCAUUCGAGCACACAUAACUGGAAACAAAGAUACUAUUAUUCUCAAAGAUCUAAUCCACCUGGCUGCAAUCUCGAGAGAUAAGAAAGAAGGAGAGAAAUGUGUUCAAAGAAUAAUCAAUAAUUCACAAAUUUGUCAAAAAGAACGGAAGAUUUCACCUGUUGAAAUAUCAGAAUUGAGAGUAAUUGAAACAUUUCUUCUGGAUGUGAAACGAUAUUAUAGAAUCUGGAUAGAUAGAGCAAGAUUUCGUCUGUAUUCAGCGAAAAAUGCAGAGUUCAAUAAUUGGAUGAUGUUUCUGGUUGGAUCACUGAUGUUUUCAGUAUUUUAUUUUAAUUAUGGACCACCUACCAGUUUGCAAAUGUUUUUAUUCUUUGUGUUGUUAAUGCUAAUGUUAUGGAUGUUCGAAGUCGGUAAAAGUAUGGAAAGUCUCAGUUACUACAUUCCUCCUCCCGAAGAAGAAUCAAAUGUUCGGAACGAAGGAAAAUGGUUGAGACUGAAAUAUACACCGAUUCAUUCUGCUCAAUCAAUGGAAAAAGAGCAAUUGGCAUUGCUUGAUUUACGCCGAGAGGAAGUUGUCCCAGUUAAAAACGAGUAUUUUCAACUAGCGGCUGAGGGGAAAAAUAGAAGACUUCGAAGUAUUGCUCCAAUAUGCCUCUUCUUACUCAUCUACCUAUGCUCUUUUAUCGUUCUAGCGCACACUACUGGCGACAAAACGUUUAUGGGAUAUUGUUUCGUCACUGUUAUCCUUAUCAUUGUAGGAAUUUUGCCUGUUUUCCUGUCAAUGGUUGAGGAAUGA